AUGAGUUUCAUGGUGUUAUGUUUACUGAAUAGCCUACUUCUUUCUAAGACGCCAUUUACCGAUGUUUUCUUGCGCAAGAGAACACCAGUUCAAGAUGUACUUAGUUCCAUCGGGAAUUUCUUGCAUGUUAAACAUGUGAGUUGCUUAUUGGCCGCGGGCCAGGCUUUAAGUUCACUAAAGAGUCUAUUGGUUUUAAAGACGCCAUUUAGAGACAUUUUCUCGCAGAAGAAACGAUCAGUGCAGAUUUAUAAAGAAGAAAAUGAGAUUUUAGCCACUGAAGUUUGGAACAAUGCUUUUCAAUUCAAGCCUAUAAGUGUGAAGAUCCUUGAGAACAUGGUCACAAACAAGGUUGUGUAUGCCGAAGCAGGAAGUGAUUUUGUAGAUGUUCUCCUCUCCUUCCUUACCUUUCCACUCGGAUCCAUAGUGAAGCUUAUGAAUUGUCAGUCCUCUCUCGGUUGUGUCGACAACUUGUAUGGCAGUGUGGAGCUUUUGGCUACUACUGGUGAUUUCAUCAAAUCCGAUGAGUGCAAAAACAUGUUAUUGUCUCCCAAACUCUACCCACAUUUUAAUUGUGACGAUCAGAUUCUGCGUAUUGGAACAAAACUGUCAACGGAUUGCACUGUUCUAGGAUGUGAAACCUGCUAUAAUGCAGGGUCUAAUGAGUGCAAACAUAAUAUAGGUCGUGUGAUAUUAAAUGAAAUAAAUCCAAAGAUGCCAAACGCAGUCACAAGAAGUGGAGGGGGAUAUGCAGAGAGGGCACUGAGAUUCAUGGUUACCGAUGAGAUGGCUGUCGCACCAGUGUCACAUAUUUCUGUAAUUGGUGCAAUCAAAGAGCUCAGAGUUCCUGUCAGCAUCCUAUUUGAGAAUGAGGUUAAACUUGGAGAAAGAGAGGUUUUGAAUCUGUUGAAAGCUUGUCUGAUCUCUUCCAAUCCCUUGAGCCAGAUAUUCUCUCAUAAGUCAUUCUCUCAUAAGAAGCUGAGGAGGAUAGCCUAAGCUUUUAAACAUAUUACUAAACGUACCUACUUUUGUUUUGCUCUACCUCAAACUUUCAGUCUAUCAGGUUACUGUUUUUCAAAACUAUGGAUUGCAAUCUAGUAGUUUAAUUAAGGAGAUAUCAUACAAGUUCUUACCUCCUAGAUCGAAAGUACGGCUCAUAAUUAUUUUUACUAUAUAUAUUUUGCACUUGCUCAGAAUCUUUAUUAUUGAAUCCUAUUCGAACGUGGUAUGAAGAUGCUAU